CUGCAGCACUUGAAGUAAAUUUUGACUAUCAUUGGCUAUCCUGAUAAGGACUGAUAAUACAGGAUUAUGAUUUGCGCGGCAGAGGUCAUCUGGCAGUAAUGUUUGUCUGGGUCACAGUAAGUAAGGAAAACCCUGAUUGGUCCAGAGCAUUGAGCAGAAAGUGUGGACCUCUGUCCUUCCUCCAGCUUGGCACUAUGGGAUCAUCCACAUUGGGAAAGGCAGCAUCUCUUGAUGCUCUCUUAAAUGAAUGCAUUCAUGCAUUUGAUGACAAUGGGGAUCUGAAGGCCAACCUGCUUCCUCGCACCCUGCUGCUGAUGCAUCGCUGGUACAUUAAGUCCUCAGAACUGGCGGGAAAACUACUGAUGAUGUACCGUGACAGCAAAGGUGACGCCAACCAGAGAACCAGGCUGAAGAUUUGUUAUCUAAUGAGGUACUGGAUUGUGACAUUCCCUGCAGAGUUCAACCUGGACUUGAGUCUGAUCCGGAAAACAGAGGAGUUCAGAAAUGUGGCUGCUCAGCUGUCCUGUGAAGAGCAUUUCAAGCUCCUCGACAUCUCCACCAUUCCGUCAUAUGACUGGAUGCGUAAAUUGACCCAGCGCAAGAAGCAGGCUAAGAAAGGCAAGGCCUCACUGCUGUUUGACCACCUGGAGCCAAUGGAGCUGGCCGAGCAUCUCACCUUCCUGGAGUUCAAGUCCAUACGAAGGAUAUCGUUCACUGAUUACCAGAGCUAUGUGAUCCACGGCUGCCUGGUGGACAACCCAACUCUGGAGCGCUCCAUUGCUCUGUUCAACGGAGUCUCGCAGUGGGUCCAACUCAUGGUGCUCAGCAAGCUAACACCUCAGACCCGUGCAGAGGUUAUUACCAAAUACAUCCAUGUGGCUCAGAAACUUUUGCAGCUGCAGAACUUCAACACUCUGAUGGCGGUGGUGGGGGGGCUGAGCCACAGCUCCAUUUCUCGAUUAAAGGAGACUCACUCUUAUCUGGCUCCAGAGGUUGUGAAGAUCUGGAGCGAAAUGACUGAGCUGGUCUCUUCCAACAACAACUACUCCUGCUACCGAAAGGCCUUCAAUGAAUGCCAGGGCUUUAAAAUUCCCAUCCUGGGUGUGCACCUGAAGGACCUGAUUGCAAUGCAUGUAGUCUUUCCUGACUGGGUUAAUGACAGCAAUCAGGUUAACCUAGUGAAGAUGCAUCAGCUCUACAUGACCUUCAAUGAGUUGGUUUCAUUGCAGAGUGCAGUGGCCCAGGUGGAGCCCAACAUGGACCUCAUCUACCUGUUAACGCUAUCUUUAGACCUUUACUACACCGAAGAUGAGAUUUAUGAGCUGUCAUUGCUAAGGGUACCACGUAACCCCAAAUCAUUGCCUACCUCUCCAACGACUCCCAACAAGCCCCUGGUCCCACUGGACUGGGCCUCCGGUGUCACCACUAAACCAGACCCUUCUGUGGUCAAUAAACACAUCAGGAAGGUGGUGGAAUCUGUGUUCAGGAAUUAUGACCAUGACCACGAUGGCUAUAUUUCUCAAGAGGACUUUGAGAGCAUCGCUGCUAAUUUUCCCUUCCUGGACUCCUUCUGCGUUUUGGACAAAGAUCAAGAUGGAUUGAUCAGCAAGGAUGAGAUGAUAGCAUAUUUCCUCCGGGCUAACCCACUGCUCCAGAGUAAGAUGGGUCCAGGUUUCAUUCACAACUUCCAGGAGAUGACAUACCUGAAGCCCACCUUCUGUGAACAUUGUGCUGGAUUUCUCUGGGGAAUCAUCAAGCAGGGCUACAAGUGCAAAGACUGUGGCGUUAACUGUCAUAAACAAUGUCGGGAGCUGCUGGUCCUGGCCUGUAGGAAGCUAAUCCGCUCCACCUCUCUGGGAAAUGUUUCUCCAGUUAGACUGACCCACAGCUCACUGCCCAGCAGCCCGGCACUGCCCACGUGUAAAGAUGAGGAUGAGGUAUUUGAGUUCCCAGCUGUCACAUCAGCAGGUCCAGCUGUGGAUACUCAGUCCAUCACCCUGAUGACUGGCUCAGCCCAGAAGAUCUCUGUGCGCUUCCAGAGGGCCACCACCAGCCAGGCCACCCAGACUGACCCCCUGUGGCCCGAACACAGCUGGGGGGCCACAGAUGGCGGCUCCCACACCUUCCCCAAAAUGAAAUACAGGACUCACAGAAAAACAUCUAAAAAUAAAGGUUGUGCCCGCUGGGAAAACCAGAACCAGGCAGUUUCUUCACGGUGCAGCGUGGACUCUCAGGAGAAGUCAGAAGUCUCAGGGGAGCUUGUACAGAACGGGAUUACACACAGAGGGAAGGACAGCUGACUUGGUCGCGAUGAUGACGACCAGUCCAAGAGGUCCAGAAAGCCCCUAACGGCUGGGACCAGGAAGCUCUUCUCUCUGGGGGAUGUGCUGGGCUGCCUGAGGUCCCCCUUCAGUGACCUGGAGUUAUCAUGUCCUCUCUAGACUUCAGCACAGGCGUGCUGUGUGGACACACUGUAGCUGCAUGGAAGAACAUAAUGUGUGGUCUCAACAUCACAAAGAUGAAGCAAAGGAGCUCAGUGGAUAAUGGACUAACACCCACUGUGAAUCAUGGAAUGGAAUAACACCGCCGUCAUGUGCAGGGUAAUUGGCUGGGGAUUACUAAGACGUAUCUUACGUUGGAGUUUGAUUCAGGAUGUACAUACGUAACAUCAACACUUGAAGAACUGAGAAAAAACUUUUUUUAAACUUCACUAAAGUGUGGAAUGAAAUUCAGUGGAUCAAAGCCAGCCAGUUACUUUAUGUAAGCCACCAGCUUUAAAUAUCCGGCUGGGACAGUAUGACAAAGUAAAAGCCUGAUCUGUGGAAACCCACAGGCAAGUUCUUUACCGUCACUUACCAAGUUGGAAUGAUUGGAAAAUACAUGAUGGAUAUGGUGUGUGUAGAUAUUUGUGUGGUUUGAUGCAAAAAAGGGAAAGUCAAAAUGAAAGUGAAUAUUAACCCUUCCAACAUAUGGAACGUUGAAGCCUGGAUUCUGUUAAAUUAUAUUUUUGAGUGUUCAUUGCCAAUGUUUUUAUUUAUUCCUAGCACCAACCCUGCUGUUCCACCUCAGGUAAACACCCGUAGCUCUGUCGGCACGUUUACCGUAGUUUGUACUGUAAGUGCUGUUUGCACUGUUAGCUAUGAGCCUUCGGCUCAGGCGUCACGUUGAGAAUCGUUGAGAAGCAAUCGAAAUGCUCCCAAUCUCGUGUUUUGCACCUUUAACUUUUUCCCGUUGUCUUAAGAGUCAAAAAUGACUGCAUUAGGGUGCAUGAGUUUCACUGCAGACAUAUCUGCCCGAAUGACGGUUUUUCUCAGUAUGACAUUUUUGGACUUCCUGUUCUGACCCUAGCAUUAGAAAAAAGUGAAUCACUGUGCUUUAUAUUUUUACAAAAUAUGUACAUCAUCAGCUAUGGGAAAUUUCAAAGGCUCAAAAAAGAGGAAAAUCUAAGAAAUUAAGUAAAAUACAACACACAUUGUCGACUGUAUUAUAAUUUGCAGAGAAACACUAAUGUAGCUAAAUGUAUUUUAAUAGUAGUGCCUCUCCAGCCAGCUGGCCCAAAGGAAACUAUUUCAAUGGGACUGCUCCUGUCAGCGAUGAUAAGCUCUGCCUAUGCUCGCACCCCCGAGCUGUGAUUGGACAGUUAAUUGUUUUUCAUUUUGUCACCAAUGAUGCGUUUCAAUCUCAAAAUAGACAUCCUCAUGGAAGUGAAUGAUGGUGCUUUGCGUUUACUAUUGGCAGGUUGAAGCUGCUCUCUGCAGCAGCACUGACACCUCUUCAGUUUGCUUUCUGUGUUGUGAUUUGAUUUUAAUGUGGCACUGAAAAACCAACAAAUUCAGUUAUUAAAGAAAAAAAGCCAACAAUUUUUUAAACAAAAGUUUUUCAUUUAAUUAUGACAUUAAAUGUAAUUUUACUUUGUAACUCAACUUUAAUUUUAAAUCUUCAACAAUCAGGGUACAAAGAUCACCUGUAGGUCUCUUUUUACAUUUAGAAAAUCUUUUACAGAUGAAAUGAAAUUAUAUCGCAGAAUAAACUAUAUAAAAUGUUGUAUGUAUUAUAUUAAAUGUAAAAUAAUACCAAACAAAACAAAACGUAGAGCACAGCAAAUGUGAGAAAUACAUGCGUGAAGCCCCUCCCUCAUGUGUUCAGCCAUGGUGCUCAUGCUUCCUAAAAUAAUGUUUCCAAAAUAAUCAUAGUAAUAAUAAUAUGUCACAAUAAUUACAAUAUACAAAAAAAAUAAGUUCAGGUUGAUUUUUUUAAACUUUUGUGCAAGUUAGGGUACAGAACAUGAAGACAUCAGGAAGGUUUGUUGAGGAAGGUUAAAGCGGGUGAUGAUGGUCCAUGUAAAGGCAGCGUCAAUUAUUGGUGAACUUCAGUCUCAGUCGAACAUGUUUCAUGUCCAUCCACCGCCCCGACCCCCACACCUUCACUCCCCAUCUCACUACACUGAGGACACACCCUCCUUGCAUUAUUACUGAACAGACCUCUGUGUGGAGUGACUGUUAACAUUUCAUGUUAGAAAGUCAAUGAAAUGAUUACAAACACACAAAGCAACCCCAAACAUGACACUGCCACGAAAUGAGAGUGUUAUGGGGGUAAAAUACUAUAAAAUCUGACUUUGAAUAAUGUCAUAGUGAAAUGAAAGUAUCUGUCAUUUAUAUUAGCAAAAGAUAACUACUUAGUACAAUUAUGGUUUCAAAUGUUUCACAAUUAUUAUUAUUACUAUUAUUAUUAUUAUUAUUAUUAAUAGUAGUAGUACUAGGAGGAGUAGACUUAUUUACUUAUUGAUUUAUGAACAAUAUGAGCCAGAACAAGGAAAUCAAAUCAUAGGAAAUACAUUGUUAAAGGAACCUUACAUUUCUUUUAUUAAUUAUUCACAAUAUUUGCAUACAUACUGUUAGCACAUUUUUCUGAAAUGUUCAGUGAUUAGACUCUUGCUGUCUUGCUGUCAUGACCUAUAAAAAAAAAGAUUAGAUUUAGUUUUUGUAAGAUUUUAAUGUUGAAAGUACAGAAAGGUGUUGUAUAGCAACACAAUAGUGGUGAUAGAAGUAUGAGCAGAACUUGACUAAGGCGUUAACCUUGAGAUGCACAGUUAAAAGAGUGUCAGUUGAAUCUGACAUGAAGAGAACUUCAGCAGCAGAUGGGUCUGACAUGGAAAGAGGUGACAGCAGGUGGAAGAUCUCAGCAGAAACAGUUAGUUGUUGUUAAAUAUUUUAUGUAAUCAGAGCUUUCAGUGGGGAAGGACGAGUUAUGGAGUCAUUUAAAAGUAAGUUUAUAACUUGAACCUAGAUGGAACAAUGAUAUGUCUGACAUUCCCAGGCCCUCGCCUUCAUAUGCUACCAUGCAAGGUGCCACCUGCCCUAUAGGACCCGAACUAAUCAUUCAUUCCCAUUCAUACACCGCAGGCGCAGUUUGCGCAGCUUAAGUGUCUUGCCCAAGGACACAUGGACUAGCGGAGCCGGGGAUCGAACCGCCGAUCUCGUGAUUAAAGGAUGACCCUGCUCUUCCACUGAGGCACAGCCGCCUGUAGUUGUACUUUGCAUUGCAAUUAAAAGCCCCCAGUGUGAGCAUUUCUGUUGUUAUGGUGAUGGUCUUAAUGAGUUUACCAAAGAGAAGAGUGGUAGGUGCAUUUAAAAACAGUGUGGUGGCCAUGUACUCAUUGUUAGUGAGUUAUUCUUGGUUGUGGUUACAGUGAUAUUGUACUGUAUACCCUGUUUGAUUAAAAGAGCCACUCCAUCCCCAUGGCCUGCUGGUUGUUCUCUUAACAUAUUAAAACCGGUUUCUUAAUUGAGGCCACUGUGUCCUGUUUUUUAAACAAAAUGAGUGUUUCCUUAUUUAUCUGAUGUGUAAAAAGGUGGUAGCCAUAAAGGGAAAGUUAACAGGAUUAACACCUGUUAGCAAUCCAACAGCCCACCAGCAGGCCCAGCCAAACAACCAUCUUUGAGAGGCUGUAGCUAGCUCAGUUUUAUAGCUAGAAGAUACUGGUUUUAUAAGAAAAUAGUAAACUUAAGGAAUCGGUUGGUACCAACCAUGUCAUUCUAGCUACUCCCCGGGAAGGGAGCUAAAUAACGUUCUGAAGUUUGGUGAGGGAAAAACUGUCACUGCGAUUUCCGAGGGGGUCCCUUGAUCUCUAACCUCAAGAUGUGUGAAUGAAAAUAGGCUUAUGGGUACAAGUCUCCCUUUUACAGACAUGCACACGUUAUGCUAAUCCCCUACAGUUUGGGGGGAAAAAAACAUGCUAUUUUUUGCAUACAGUAUAAAUGUGAUAUCUUUGCCUUUUUCUAAAAUAAUGUAUUUGAAUGUUUCUGCAUACCCUAAACAGUCUUGAAAUUGGACUGGAAAGCCGACACUCUUCUGAUCCCAAUUGUAUUAAUGCGUGAUGAUAGUGACGAUCCCGCUAGUCCAUGUCGAUGUGUCCUUGGGCAAGACACUAAACCCCAAAUUGCUCCCACGGGCUGUGUGUUAAUGAUGCCAUGUAGUGUUAAAGUGCUUUCAGGAAGUACAGUCCAUUUAACAUAGCCAUUUCCCAUAUUGAGAUUUUUUUUUUUUAACUUGACAUUACUGUAUGGAAUAAUCUAUUGUGGCCUCUAGGAUAACAAGAGCCUCAUGAAACUUUACAUCCACAAACUAGAGUAAUCAGUUGAUUAAUACAUUUUUAUUUCUGAUUCUUGACUAGAGGAAUUUGACACACUGCUGAGCUUCAUAUCAAAUUAAUCUUCAGGUUCCAAGCUUUCAGGCUAUUUUAUGGCCAGAGGCUUCUUGGUGCUAUGGUGGUGAGGGCUAGGUAGGUGGGGCCAUUUUUGGAGAUGGAGGGGUGAGUGCAGCCGCACAUUUGUCUUCCGUCAGUGAUGCAUCGUUUGUGAUGAGACGUGACCGAGUUCUUGCAUUACAUUAAUGUGUGGUUGAAUGGAUGGCAGUUAACACCGUUGGGUUAAUGGGAUUUAUCAAUUGCGUAUUGAGAGAAGUUUAUAAUAAAUUUCAUUUGUAUAACCCUUUAAAAAAAAUAAAUAAAUAAAAUAAAAAAGUACUCAAGGCACUUUAUAUGGUCAAAAAUGAAACGAUAAAAGCAAUUACAAUAUAAACAAAAGGUUUAAGGCUAAGGAACACAAAAACAUAACUAGCUUCACAGGUUAAAAGCAGAUUUGAAUAGGUGAGUUUUAAGUGCAGUUUCAAAAGUGGUGGUGUAAAAUUAAUUAAAGGCUGCUCAUCCUUUCCUUGACAGUGAUGUCAUUAGUCACCUUUUUGUUUGGUAUUCCGCUCCUGUUCGCUUGCAGCAGACGAGUCAGUUUGUUUGUAGCUCCUUGACAUGUCAGCAAUGUUUAUUUUUCAUGGAUGGGAAAGUGUGAUGCCAGAUACAUGUUUGCCACCCAAGAGGUGAGUGGCAGGUUUGAGUUCCACAUAAAGGCGACACCACUCCGAUUGUGUUCUUUAAGGGAUCGUGUUGUGCUGCAACUUAUGUAGCAUCAAUUGAGAGUGGAACCACAGGCCUUUUCUUGUGCCUAGUUUACAGACAUGCAAGUCUGGUACAGACAGACGCAGUUGGCUUUGGAAGCGCAGUUUAAGUGGCAGGCAGGCGUCCGAUUACCCCGAGUAAAUAGAAACUCUAGUCUGGGUGUUAAACGGCUUCCUCUGCCAUCACAUGCAUCAAGUCUUGCAAUAUGCCAAUUCCACAACUCCUGAGGGAUUUUACUUUCGUCAUGACUGCUGGACCAUCAUUUUGGAUGUCUAAUAUAUUUUACAGAAAGACUUAUUUACAUGAAAGAAAUCAAAGACCAUUUCCAAAUCCAUUAUUGCAUUAAGAUAACUUUAUAAACAAAUUCAAAAUUAACAAAGCAUUUGCAAAAAAAAGUACCACUGAAGGCAACGGCAAAAAGUGUUUUGACAUUACAAUGUAAUUAAGAUGCCAACUGAACAGACACUAAUCAAGCAUCUUAAGAAGCAUUCAUUCAUAAUGCAUUGAACUCUGCCCUCAGUGGGUGAUGUGUUGGCUAGCUACCUGAUUUCCCUUGAUCAUUUAAAAUUUCAUUACUCAAAUAUAAAACAUCUAAAAAAAAAAAAUCUAAUUGAAGCAGUAGUACAAACUCCAUAAAAGUACCAUACAUUGCCAAAAAUACACAAAUGUUACCAGUGCAACUGCAAGUGUCCAGUGUCGCCCAGUAAGCUACAACACAGGCUGAAAUAUCUGUGAAUCACCAUCGAGACUGAUGCGUGGCUCCACGUCUCAAUGAACAGAACGUUUACAAAAGGCAAAGUUAGUCUUUAGCAUAGAACUAAACAGGGUUUUAAAAGACAGGCAGAAAGAACUCAUGUAUAAAAAAAACAACUAAAAAAAAAACUCAUUCUUUGGCUUCCGAGCAGUGGCUGGUAACUGCUGACAGGACUGAAUUGACAACAAACCUCAAUCCCCACACAGAAAACAACAUCUGUGGGCCUACCGAUGUCUGGCUGCACUAUAAUUUCCCUGGGAUGCAGUCAUUCACCAGUCCAUGCUUGCAUCAAUCUAACAUUCACACAGCCAUAUUACUUUCCCUUUGGGACAUUUACAUCAUGUCGUCAUCGUCAUCUUCUCCUCCUCCGUACAUGUCGGCCAGUUUCUUGAAGCGGGAUCCCCACUCAUUGAGGCAGUUGUAGUCCUGGUCUCCGCUGCAAGACGAGUUCAGAGAGGAGAGGCUUCCUGCGUCAGAGCCGCCUCCUUCAUAGUCGAACACCAGCAGGGAGUCGUAAGGGGGUGCGGUCGGGUCGUUGUCGGCUGCCUUCAGGUUCUAAGAGAGGCGCAGAGGAUACAUGUUCUCAUUAAACUGAACUCCAUUAUUUUAUAUACAGUGGAAUCAGAAAUCAGGAAAGAUAGAGGAUGAUGCAACAAGUAUCAAAGAACAUCAUGCCAUGACAAAUAAACGAUAAUCAACUGGGACACCAAAAGGAGCCUCAUCGGGUUUGAAUUAAAGCAUUUACAGUUCGUGUUAACUAAUAAUCUAUAUGAUAAGAGAAUGAAAAUACUCUUUGAAAUUGGAAUAGUGCGUGUGGCAACAUGAGAUCAUUUGUGAUUUCAAACAAAUAUGAGCUUUAAAAACACUCAUUUAAAAGCAGUGAUAAAUCAACUAUUUUGAUUUGAAUACGUUUGUAUGAGCUCUUGCUUGUUUGACUCACAUCGUCGAUGAAGUUGCCGAUUUCCUCUGGGUUGGCGGGCCGAGGCCGGUACUGAGGAGCCGGCAUGAAGUUUGGCACCACGUCAUUUCUGAACACCUCGGGCCGGUUGUCAAGACCACGGUGGAGAACACCAAGAUCAUAGUCCUGAUUGUAAACACUUAGGGGUUUACACAAAGAUACUGCGUAUUUCAUUUAAACUAAAACAUCUGUUGGUGCAUUCAUUGAAUAAAAGUAAACCAUGUUUCUGUUGAUAUUUUUAUAUGCAACUCACUGUAUUCUAUGUCUCCUGCUGUUAGAUGAUAGAUUAGCAAUGGUGCUUUUGCUAAAAACAACCAUUUGACACCAGUCUUCCCACUAACGUUAAUAAGUGCUGGCCAGCGGCACUGCUCAACUAGAGUAACGGCAUGAGAUUUUCAUGGUACGAGUAUAACCUCCGAAAAUAUCACCGUUUCACAGCAACAAUAUUAAUGAUAAUGUGAUACCAUAGACUAUUAUUAUGACCCUUAAAAUAAUGAGAACUGACUUAUAAACAGAAUUAUAAACCUGAUAAAACGCAACUGUUAUAUAACUGAAGCAUGUUAGUUUACAUGUUGGCAGCACUGAAGAACGUUUAACUACUAAAUAAACAGCAGUAAGCUCUUAAAAGAAUAGCCUAUGAUGUUUAAAAACGGUCACAUAAUGUAGGUGUGUGACACUGCAGCCAGGCUGCUUCCAUCUGUACCUUUAACUCAAGAUCAUUUUCUUCAACAUUGUAGAUAAGCAAAUGUAUAUGUUAUAAUAACAGUCAAUGUGAAUACUGACAGAUAUGUCCCUCCAGCUUUUCCAGUCAGAACCGCCUUCAUUAUUUUGAUAUGAUGUGCACCUGAUUGAGCCUCGUCAUAAAGCAAUCAGUCCAAAUCCCCCGUCCUAAUUUACCUGAUCAUCCUCCCCGCCGCCCUCUUCAUCAUAGUAGUAGACGUUGUCUCUGAUGUCGUCGUCUUGCAGUAGAGGUACCUUCUGCUCUCCUCUCCUCCGUCUCGCGAAAAGCAGCAGCAGCAACACGAGCACUAAGCAUACAGAGCACAAAGCUUAAUACAACACACCCAUGAUUCACCACAAGUCCAACCAUUUCAUACAGAGCAAAAACAGCUUAGGUGAAGUGCUGAGAGUUGGGCCACCCAAUGCUCCCUGCACAGUGAAACAUUCCAGAGAACACGUCGCAAUGCAAUAGACCAUCAAAUACAGACACACCAUGUGUUAAUUAUUCCAGCUUCCCGACUGGGGUUUGUAAACUAAAUAUCAGACUUACUGAGCAGCAACAGGAUGCCUCCCAGUAUUCCCAGGAUUACGGGCAGUUCAGUGCCACCUGCCACACGCCCUUUGCAGAUCACUUCUUCCCCGGUGCAGUCACAAACUGUGGCCUGGACGGUGCUGUCCUGUGCCUCGCCGUGGUUGUCUGAAACCCUGAGGACCACAGUGUACUCUCCACUUUCUAGCUCAGUGGCUAAAUUCAGGAUGAUGCCAGUUCCUGAAACAGAGGAAAAUUGACUUUAUAGCCACUGGCCAGUUGAGUUUCUCAUUUUGUCUUAUAUUAUUUGGAAAAGUGUUGCAUGAGAGGCUCCUUUCAAUGAGUUCUCUUCAGACACCGAUUACUCUCAUACUCUGUAUCGGUGCCCCAAUAAACCAUCCAAAAUCAUUCAAAUCUCAGUAAACACUUUCUAAACUUAUACCUCAACUGAAGCAUCUCUGACCGAGUACAUUGCCUUGGAAGCACUACCUGUUAUAUGAACUUUGAUCUUUUUGGCGAUGGCUAAUCUGAGGACAAUUUUCAGCUCCUAAACAGUUAAAAUAUUUUCUUGAUUUAAUUAGUUGUUUUUUCUGCAGACAGGACUGACCUACAAGUUUCUCCUGGUAAUGGCCAUUUGAUUGGAUGGUUACAAGUUUGUGGCUUACCAUGUGUAAAAAAAACCCAAAAAAAACUAUUUAUUGUGAAUUAAUAGUGUACAUACUGGAAUCGUUCAUCCUAGCGGUCCAGUUAGUCUUCGAUAUGCCCUGUAAUGAGACGCUGUAUGGAGCAGCAAAGCCCGGUCCAUCUUUAUCCGUCACCGACAGCAGCUGAGGAGCCGAUUCCUUGUGACACACCUGAGGAAACACAAUGACAGAAAGACUCUUUAUUUGCUCAUGUUACUGCAAAACAAAUUUUGUGAGAUCGUGACAAUGUUUAUUAGUUUUCAUUAAGAAUACAAAUGACAAGGACAAACAAGGUUCCCUCUCCUCCCACCUCACUUCCCCAAACCAUUCAUAAGG